GCGCACUCCUUCAAUUCGUUAUCAAGUCAAGAAUUGCUGGAUUUUCGACAAUUCACGAAAGAUAUUGAAAAUGGCCGCCGAAAAGCCCUCCAAAUCUAACCCCUCGGCUAUGUCCGCCAAGGUGGACAAGAAGCGCAAGAGACAGGCCGAGGAGCCCUCGAAGCCGGCAGAGACGCCCAGCGGCAACGCCGCGGAGCCCACCACGAAGAAAGCGAAGAGCGGAAAGGGGAAGAACAAGAAGGAUCAGAAGAAGAUGGAUGGGGAUAAGACCGAGAAGAAGGACGAGAAGCCUAAAGAUACCAAGCAGACGGAGACCAAGGGUGGAAUUGAUGAAGCUAUCGGGAAGAUGGACGGCCGACUUAUUGCGGACCACUUUGUGCAACGGGCGAAGCGGCAUAAUAAGGAAUUGACUGCUGUUGAGCUGAGCGAUAUGUCUGUUCCUGACUCCGCAUUCCUGGACACCUCGUCUUUCGACAAACCGAGACAAUUGGAGGAGCUCCCCGCAUUUCUGAAGGCGUUCAGCCCUAACAAGGGCGCCAAGCUGUCCCAGGCCUCCGAAAAGAAGGGCGCACCGAAUACUCUGGUUAUCUCGGGCGCCGCGCUGCGAUCUGCCGACGUUGUCCGGGCAUUGCGCACAUUCCAGCACAAAGAGUCCAUUGUCGCGAAGCUGUUCGCGAAACACAUCAAGCUUGAAGAAGCUAAGCAAUUCCUGCAAAGAUCGCGAUCGGCUAUUGGUGCCGGUACGCCCGCGCGCAUCUCCGACUUAAUCGACGCCGGCUCCCUCAACCUCGAAGAACUCGAACGCAUCGUCAUCGACGGAUCCUACGUGGACCAGAAACAGCGCGGCAUCUUCGACAUGAAGGAGACGCAUUUCCCGCUGCUGAAGCUGCUGAAUCGUCCGGAGCUGCGGGAGCGGUAUGGGGCUAAGAAGAAGCCCAUCCAGAUCUUGGUGUAUUGAGCGACGAAAUGCGAUGCAUGGCGUUUGGUUCUAUUUUGUCCGCUUAGAGCGAGUUACGUAUUUUGUAUAUAAUUCAUUCUAUGUAGUAUAGUUAGUAUACUACUAAGUCUUGA